AUGCGCAAAGAAUCGGAGAAGUUGAACACCAGCCUACCAAUCAAGAGGACUCUUGUACCCGACCCGUUCCCAACCCCAGAGGGUUUAAACCCGGGCAAACGGAUCACCGGACAGCAAGCAAACCCUCGGUCGGCACAACCAGCCCCCGCAAUCAGCCAGUCACAAAAAGUCACAAGUGCUCACCCUAACCCCAACAACCUCCCCGCCAAACCGAAAGAAAGCAGGUCAAAGGGUCCCGGUUACCAAGGCAAGAACUUCCUCCCCAAUUACGCCGAACUGAAGGCAACCAACCAACUGCCAAAGCAAUCCGGUAGCGGAAACAACGGACCGUAG